CCCUAGUUUCUCUCAGUCUGAGUCUGGCAGUUACAAGCUAAGACAUGUUUUCCCGUCUUCGCAAGCGUUUUGGGAGGGGGAACGUCGAUUCUGGAGAGACUAGAGUGAAGGAGUCUGGCCUUUCGUCUCAAAGUAAUGAUGGACAAAGACAGCACUUCUGGGGAAUGUGGAACGCUGGGAGAGAAACAUCAUCCCCUGGCACUGAACUAAGCGAGAAUCAGGCCAAGAAGGAAAAGGAGAGGCUGAUUAAAGAGCUGCAGCUCAUUACCGAGGAGAGAAAUGACCUGAGAGAUCGCCUGAGGUUUCUGACAGAGAGAUCCAUGAAGAAGAGGUCACACUUCAGGCCAAAUCCAUAUUAUGAAGACCUGGAGAGAAUGGAGGAGGCUGUCAUGUCAAUUCUGCACAACUUAGAGAUGGAGAACACUGAGGUCCAUGAGAACAACCAUAAGCUGAAGAAGGAGAUUACCUUCUCUAGAAACCUGCUCAGCCAGCUCCUGAUGGAGAACACAUGUAGGAAGAAGUUGGUCCCACUGAAGCAGGAGAGCAAGGAGGUACAUCUUGAUUGUGCACUGAACCAGAAAUAUUUGGUUGACUUCAACAAGAAAGAUAAAGACCAUCAACGGCCAGAACCAGCAUUAUCAGGUAGGGACCUGUUAGCUUAACAAUAUCUGAUAAAAUUUGCCAAUUUGAUACAUCUUUGCUUCUCUUACCACCUUUCUAAUUUACACUCACAACCAGCCAACCACCUCAUGUAAUGGAAUUGUUCAUUGCUCUGCCUAUGCACAAGUAUU